UCCGUAUUAUUGUUUUGAUAUUUUUUUUCCUAAUUUUCUCGAUUUUCAUUGAAUUUUAAGGGAUUUUUCAUGAAAAUUUAUAUAAAAAUUAUUAGAAAAUCAUCCCGUUUAUUAAUUUUUUAAAUGAAGCAUGUGAAUCAAGGUCAAUUUUAACUUAAAAAACACUUGAAAAAUAUUUCCCGCCAGUAAUGUCUCGAAAUUUAGCAUUUAAAAUCCCAAAAGAAUGCAAACAUUACGAAUUUAAAUUGGUGGAGGAGCUGGUUCUGUGGCCACAUCCCGCUUCAGCUCAUUACGGUCAAUUAUCAGUCAUUGGAUUCUGGGAUCGCGAUGAAGACUUACUAAAUUCACUCUCCUACGAAGGUUCUGAAAGCCUUCCAGAUGAAAAACUGUCCAUUCCACUAAUGUACCAAAGAAAUUUCAACUUUCCACCGAGAUCCACUCGCGUUGUCGAAAUCAAUGGUGAGCUCAAGUACCGAAAAGUCACCGAUGGGCAACUUGUUCAUUCGCGACAUUUGAUGAUUCAGCUGCAAAAACUCCAAAUGAAACUGGAAAAGCAACAUAAUUUACCGAAACGUCGUCCAACGGGACUCUGUGACGGAAGUUUACAUUCGUCAGUUAAAGUGAGUCUGCUGAAAAUGGCAGAUUACAUUAAAGAGAAUUACAAACCGGUAAUUUUGGUUCACGCAAUGUCGCAAAUUACGCAAGGAGACGAUUUGAUACAAGUUAAUUUGAAAAAUCGAAUUAUUCGGAAAAGGCUUGCUGAGAGUUGAUAAAAGACUAUUUUUUUAAGAGAUUUGGUUUAAAUUCUUUUUAUUUGUUUUAUCGGUUUUAAUAACAUUAAUUAAUAGAACUAUUUUUUUACGAAAUAAAUUAUUUAAUAUUUUUCAUAAAUAACAAACAAUUUGUUGAAUAAAUAA